ACUGUUAGUGAUUGGGCAGAACGUGAGAUGAUUUGUUGACAUAUAAAUUAUAGACGGUCAAUUCUUAAUCUUAGCGAAAUGCAUAAGACAAAUAUUUCUGUUAAUAAAGCUAAGAUCCGAAAACCAAAUGGUAAUAGUAAAAGAGCCAAAAAAAAGGAAAUGAACUAUUAACAAAAAAUUGAAUCAUGGUAAUUUUUAAUUUUGAUGAAAUAUUUUAAAAUGAAUCAAAUUAAUAAUAUUACUACCAAUCAAACAGAACCAUUAUUGGUAUCCAACAGCCCGAAUAUAGAAAGUUUGGAAAGGCUUGAUAAUAAUAAAUCUUUACCGAAAUUAUUAGAAGCCGUUGAUGUCUCCCCAGCUUAUUCUAAACGUCCUGGCCAUAAACAUAAAAUAACACAAUCAUCUGAUAAAGAAGAAGCUAUUGAAGACGUUGAAGUUGUAAGAAUUCCUCCAGCAAAACAUCCUGGUCGUAAACGUAAGAUAACACAGCCAUCUGAUGAUGAAAAAGGUGUUGAGGACGUCGAAACUAUCAGAAUUCCUCCAGCAAAACAUCCUGGUCAUAAAACUAAAGUAGCACAACCACCUGAUGAUGAGAAAGGUGUUGAAGAUGCUGAAACUAUCAGAAUUCCUCCAGCAAAAAGUCCUAGUCGUAAAUGUAAAGCGGUAUAACAUUAUUUAAUAUAUUUAUCUAUGUAUUUGAUAUUUUAUAAAUUAGUACAUAUUUAAUAUAUUAUACUUUAAUAUAUUACAUUCUAUAUAUUUUAUACAUAUGUAAAACAAAAUAUAUACAAAUGUAUUUCAAAUGCUAAAUAAAAGUAUUACGAGUUUG